UUCAUGUUCCCAGCAACAAGCAGAAAGUCCCUACUGGUGUCUGGCAGCCAAACUCAUCAUCCAGCCCAAUACAAUCACCACGAUCAUGUCCGCCACAGCCCCCCCAGCCUACGAGCCACACAGCUCUCCGCCCUCUUACGACUCCCUCGUCGACAAAGUCUGCCAGCUGGUCGGGUCCGACCCGACCCCGCAGAAGUUCAUCGAUGCCGCCGCCACGCUCUCCGAGAGUGAGAUUGAGAUCCUCAAGGACGGUGGUGACUUUAGCGACCCAAUCAAGAACGAACGGGACAACAAAGUCUUCAGCACGGGCGCAGCGAAGGGGCUGGCCUCGCCCGAGUGCGCAGAGCACCUGCGCGCAGCGUCGAACGCGGCAGUAGAGGCGUCCAACGAGAUCGAGCGCCUCUUCGUGAGCCUGCACCUCAAGAUCGCGCAGAUCGACCGCAUCCAUCAUUCCGGUUUUGAGCCGAAGUUGGUUGAGAACCAGGUGGCAUAUCGAGUGGUUCUCGCCGACAGUCGGAACCUUGCGACCGAUAUCGCGGUCCAUGGCAAUCGAUUCGAUGACAUGAUUAUCCCCUUCUGCUUCGAUGAAAGCAUUUCCGUAGAUAGUCGACGCACAGUGCUGAACCGGUUUCUUGAUCAAAUGGAUACAGCGCAAGCCGAUGCCCGUACCAUGGAGCACAAAUUCAGCCAGCUCCAGACAAACUUCACCUCCUUCAUCGCCGAGUUCUCUGUCUGGGCCCGUGACCGGGAAGAGCAGCUCAAGCAGGAGAUUGCCCGGGUGCUGGAGGAGCUCGAGGAGCUGCAGGACAAGCUAACAUCGCUGAAUACCUCGAUCCUCGCGCUCGGGGGUGGCGCGCUGCUGCUGCCGGCCAUCACCGCGUUGGCCGCCGCAAGUGGCAUCCUCGGACCUUUCCUUGCGAUUGGUGGGCUGAUUGCGCUUGGAGUGAGUGUCGCGGCAAUUGUCUCGAUGGCGGCGCUUGCAGUCGCCAAAGCCGCUACCGAGUCGCAAAUCCGCGCCAAGGAGCGGGAGAAAGCAUCGCUCGAGAAUCAGAUCGAGCAGAUCCGGCUGGCCCGCCAGGAGCUCAUGGACGUGGGCGAGGACAAGCUCGAGGCCUUCCGCGUCAACCUCAAUGUGCUGCAGUCGGUCUGGACCAGUGUGGCGGCGGAUACACGCAUCAUCUCCGGGUAUCUCAAUGGUGCGCUAGAGAUUGCGGAUAUCCCGGAGUGGAUGCAGUGGGACUUGGAGAAUGCGAACUCCGUUUACAAGCGGAUGGCGGAGUAUUUGACCAACUAUGCGAAGGGGACUCCGAGCUGAAAGCCUUCAAGUAUCCUGUGUUUGCUUCACACCAUCCAAUUGGUAUUCGCGCGGACAGACCGUUUUUGUGGCGCGGAGAUGGAUAAGAUCGUCUGUGCAUUCGUUGUAGUCAGUGAAUCUUGUACUCCAGGCUGCUCAGUGAAGAAAGUGUCUUUUCUCAGGGCCGUUGCGAGCUAGCCCCGGAAACCAGCAACUAUGCCUCACACGUCUGUGUCUAAGCAUCAUUGUUGUCCACAUAUCGUCAUGUCUCCAAUAGAAAGGUCAGGGUGUAUGUUGCGACCA